GCCUGUGGCUACGAGACGGCUAGGUUAGGUCGAAAUCGAAAGAGGAUUGUGGAAGGGGUGAAGUUGGAAUUUCGAAUUUGGAGAUAAGAGCAACUCACUCUGCUAUCCAUAUUAGACUAAACCCUCCUGGAGUUGGGAAAACGGAAGAAGAAGAAGGCUCUUGAAUAAUGGGAGACGGAAAGCAAGGAGUCAUGACGAUUAACACCCAGAAUCUGAACCCAAUUGGUCAGUUGCAGUUGCAGUUCAAGGACCUCGAGACCAAAUUCAAGGAAUGGUUGUCCAAGCAGUCCUUACCCGUUGAGGCCGCUAUAGUUACCGCCACUAGCGCCGCCCAGGGUGCAGUCAUGGGUGGCUUCAUGGGUACCCUCACCACCGACAUCUCCUCCGGGAUCCCAACCCCUCCUCCUAAUGUCGCCGCCUUCACUCCUGAUGCUAUGGCUUCUCUCAAGCAAGCCCAGGCCUUAGGUGGGGGUCCAUUGAUACAAGCACGGAAUUUCGCGGUCAUGACAGGGGUGAAUGCUGGUAUAUCUUGUGUCUUGAAAAGAAUAAGAGGAAAAGAGGAUGUGCAGUCCAGUAUGGUGGCUGCUUUUGGAUCGGGAGCCAUGUUCUCAUUAGUGAGUGGUGUGGGUGGUCCAAAUCAGGCCACAAAUGUUAUUUCAUCUGGCCUCUUCUUUGCGCUUGUUCAAGGUGGACUUUUCAAGAUUGGGCAGAAGUUCUCUCAGCCAGUAAAGGAAGACGUGAACUACGCAAAAACUAGAAACAUGUUGACAACUCUAGGCCUCCAAAAUUAUGAGAGGAAUUUCAAGAAAGGAAUGCUAACAGACAACACCUUGCCAUUGCUGACUGACAGUGCUCUUAGGGAUGUGAAGAUACCUCCAGGACCGAGGCUCCUUAUUCUCGAUCACAUCGAAAGGGACCCGGAACUUAAAAGCAGAUGAUGGAACUUAAAAGCAGUGUGUGGUUGGGCUGGAUUGUAUCGUAAGGAAGGAGGCUCUUGCAUGCACGGUUAAGUUUUUGUGUAUCGAUGUCCAAUUUGGUCAAUGGUUUUGUUAUUGUUGUUGUUUUCUGAGGGUCACUCUUUGUUGCUGCGCAAGAGACAGAGUCUAGUGGUAGGAUUUGAAUGUUGUUAGGUGACUGUUUGUCAAAUAAGAUUGAUCUAUGAAUUCUCGUAAACUGCUGCCUGCC